AUGAGGUCACGAAACGAGGUAAUUCAAGUACGAUGUGUUGAGAUCAAACUCAAGGUCAAUAAUAACAACAACAACAACGAUUACAACAACGACGACAACAACAACAACAGGAGACGAGAGACGAAGCGCAGGGACAAAACCACAGAGAAGGAGUUGAUUUAUUCUGUUGUCGCCCCCUGA